CUUCAAAGAGGAAAGCAUUUUUACUUUUUCUCUCGAAUCAUUCAGUUAUUGAGCUCCCAAAACUUUACUCUUCACUCUCUUCUCAAUCUAGGGCUUUUCUUUUCUCUAUCUCUCUCUCUCUCUCUCUCUCUCUCUCUCUUUCUUUGUUUUUGUUUAAAUAUCCCAUUUCCCAUUUCCGGAGCUCAAGAAAAAGGAUAAUUCAUUUUUGAAGUGAAAUAAAGGGUUUGAAGCACUGAUUAAUUGGUAUUGUCGAAAUUGUUUUGGUGGGAGCGGAGAAGGGUUUCUGAAUUUGGAGCCCUAGGGCUUACAAAUGAGAAAUGAUCUGAGAAAUUUCCGGUCCGUUUUGGGGUUUAGUAACUUCAGGUUUCACAAUGGAAAUAACCUGAACUGCUAGCGUGUUUUUGAGCUUGGAUUUCUCCAUGUUGCUGGAGGAGGGUUAGUGGAGUUAUGGAUUGUGUAAAGAGAAUUACGCGUCUUAAGGGUCCUUUCGGCCAUCAUUUCCUACUUUUUGCAAUUUGGUGUUGGUCUACCAUUCAGGAUGGAGUGGCUUUUCAAACACCACCAGAACCUGGGUAUAUUUCUUCCAAUUCAGAGUUAGCUAGUCCACCUGCUGCUGGACUAUUUGAACCCAUAGAAAUAUCACCAGCUGUUUUUCCGCAUUAUCCAAUUUCUGGGCAGCCUCUGCCACCAAUGUACCCUAUCUACCCAACAACGUAUGAGCCAGUCUUGACUGGAAGGUGUCCUGUAAAUUUCUCAGCCAUUUCAAGUAUCACACAGAAAACUGCAUCUGAUUGUUCCCAACCGCUUGCGGCAAUAGUAGGAAAUGUCAUAUGCUGCCCACAGUUGGGUAGCUUACUUCACAUAUUCCAAGGAUUUUAUAGUAAGAAUUCCAGUAAUUUAGUUUUGCAAGAUGCUGUUGCUGAUGAUUGUUUUAAAGAUAUCAUCAGUAUAUUGGCCAGCAGAGGGGCAAACAGCUCGCUACCUGUAAUCUGCUCUGCUAAGUCAUUAAAUAUCACUGGUGGUUCUUGUCCUGUGAAGGAUAUAACGACUUUUGAGAAAACAGUGAACACUAGCAAAUUAUUAGAGGCUUGUACCACGGUGGAUCAUCUAAAAGAGUGUUGCAGACCAAUCUGUCAGCCUGCGAUUAUGGAGGCUGCAGUACAGAUUUCAGGGCUACAAUCUGUGAUGACCGGUAACAAGGACAUAGCUGCUGCUCCAUCUAGUGUUGACACCAUAAAUGAUUGUAGAGGCGUUGUGUAUUCCUGGAUUUCAAGUAAACUCCCAUUGGAAGAUGCCAAUUCUGUGUUUCGGAUGUUAUCUGCCUGCAAAGCUAACAGAGGUAUUUUUUUUGUAUCUUCCAUUGUUUCUUCUAUGCUCUGA